CAGUGCGAUUUUCUCAUCUGCAGUGCAUGGACGGACAAUCUCAAUAGCUGAUAUUUCAUCUCUAUUUCUUCGUGAAUUAUAUGAGAAGACGUUUAUUAGGAAUAUACGGUACUCGACCGGAGAUCAAUAUGCCGGCGAAGAAGGUCGUCGAGCGCGGCGACACCUCACAGAAAACAUCGACAAAGAAACUGAAGAGGACCCUACAUGUAGGAGUUAGUAGCAAGAACAAAGAUGGGGUCGAACCCAUGGAUUUAGACAACGAGGAGGGCAAAGAAUUUGACUACUACAGGGCUCAGAUUCUACUGCUGGAAGAGACAAAGGAAAAGCUGGAGGAACGAAUACAGAAUGGGCCAAGAAUCAGGGUCCGAAAGCUUGUUGAGUCAAGUGUGGAGGAGGCAAGUGAUGAGGAGGAGUCUGUGCCACUAUCCCUGAAACAAAAGUUCGCUGAAGAAAAAGUUGCCAAGAAAGCCACCAACGCCCACAUUUCUACAGCCAAAAAAACAGCCCUGGACAGUAUCCUGCAAGAAAAGAUGGUGAAACGCAAGACAUUUUUCCCUUGUACCGAUGCACCCAAGAAAGAAACAACCCCAAACACUGGUGUGUCUGCCAGUGCUUCCAACUGUGGUAACUGCAUGUCCUUGAAAAAAAAAGUUGCAGAACUAGAAAAAGAAAAGAGAACUAUCGCCCAAGAAUUGGAGGAACUGAGGACCCUGAAUCGGAGGCUUCAAGAAGAAAUUCUAAACAAAGUGGGACCCUUGAUACCAACUGUGAAGGCACGCACACAGCCCCCCUCCAGCACUUCUGUACAACACACUACGCCCCUUUUCAAGGCUCCGCAACCUAGACCCACACCAAUCCAGACCCCCCCACCAGCCGAACAACUACCAACACCAACAGUUCUCGAAGAUAAAUAUGUGCCUGAUGAUGGUCAAGUGUCCUUAGGAGCAGGAAUAAUCAUACCUGCAGACAAAAUGGAGGCUAUAACUGGGCAGGUUAAAAAUAGCCUAAUGGUUAAAAACCUUGCAGUUGCAGUCUUUGGAACUGCUCUUUUAAGAGAAAGUUCUGUAACUGGACAGACGUGUAACAGAUACAAGGACCAUGCAGUACGGCCUGCACUUGAUUCAGGAAAGCUGCAGGCAGUUAAAGACUUUUUCGCCUACCAUUUAGAGAAGCAGCUGCUAAGUCCCGAACAAUACAAGAAAGAGCUUGGGAAGUUCAAUGGCUACAUCAGAGAGAAGAUAUCUGACAUUCGAAAGUAUUAAGACUGUAUGUUUUGGCAGAUGGAUCUAACAUUGAGAGGGGACCACUUUCACUGAGGGAGGAUAUUUUUUUUAAAUAUUAGAACUUAUUGAAUUGGAUAGUCCAACUUAUUUCUAUCUUGAACCCACCUAUAAAUCAUAUCAUUUUCUCAAUAAAUAUUUCAGUGAUAUUUUAUAGUGAAAGCUGGGCUUUAGUUUUGGUAAGUCUAAAAAUAUAAUAUUUCAAAGAUUAAUAUUGAAAGAUCAAGAUAAAAUAUACAACUUUAUAAUUAGUGCUAUAAAUCAAUAUAAUUGUGCAUGAUAAUAAUAAAAAAAUAGUAAUAGAAUAAGUAAAUAUCAAUAAUAAUCAAUAUUAAAUGACAGAGGGUCCCAGCAAAUAGCUCUAUAUUUCAUUUUGAAAAUAAAACAGAAUCAGUGAUUAACAAUCAGUGUAACCGUCACCCAGCUUGUUAUACGGUUUGAUAGUUAUAAUAUUUCAUUAAAUUUUAAUAUAAUUAACAUUGAAUCUUACACAAAAAUAUAUUACAUAGCUCAGGGAAGUUUUCCUGGUAUUGCAUCACAUUUUGCUCCACAUUUUUUAGAUGACUGCUACACAUAACGUCUUUGGGGUAGCAAAUUUUUACAUAGGGACUGUAGGGAACUUAGUUGAGAGCUUUUCUCGUAUGGCCACAAAUACUUAUCAAAUUCUGUAAGAAAAACUACUCCCUGGAGCUUAUCAUUAUGUACAUGUAUAAAAAUUUGGAAAGGCAUUAAUAUUCCAUGUAUGCAUUUUUCAUAUAAAUUGUAUUAGUCUCCAAUUUUUGAGAUUAUGUCACAGGUCUAUGCAAUUUCAAAGGAACCUACAUGUAGGCAGAUUACUAUUAAGCACCUUGUGAUAUCAAAUUUAUAAAGUUUUGAGCAUAGUAUAGGGUACCUGUAUAGGCUGUAUGUAUGUUGCAAUACAUUACACAAGUCUUUGAGAAAUUAUUGUUGCAUGCAGCAUGGAGGUUUUUGGAGCUGCACUCUACAUGAUGCUCUAAACAUUUUUAAAUUCAUAUAAAAAAGUGCCUUAGUUUUACUCUGCCAUGAAAGCUUGCUGCACAAAUAGAGGUAUCUAGAAUAUAUGGAUACAAAUGUACAGGGGGUCCUUGCCUCUUGUGUUAAAGCUAUACUAAAUUUCAUUACAUUAAUAUUUUAUAUGAUAUCACUCUCAUUGAAUUCAUUUACCAUGAUUACAUGUGUAGAUCAAUUUUUUUUCAGAACCCUGGCUGUCAUAUUGUUCAUUUGGAUAUAGAACGUGUCAAAAUUGAAUGGGAUGUCACCUCAAUCUAUUUGGUGUAUUAUAAUUUUAUACCGGUAGCCAACCUCUAAUGAAAAAAAAUGUGAUAUCUGUAAUUUAAAAAUAGAUAAUAAAACAUGGUUUAAACUUUAAAAGCU